AUGAAGUGCUUAUUCUUGGGAGUGGUUUUCGCGGGGAUUCUCCUGAGGAUCAACGGUGUGGUUUAUCUGCGGAGCAGGAGUAUGAAAGGGCCGCGGACAUGGAGGAAUGGUGUUGAGUGUAUCAAGAGCAUCGCCAGUUUCUACUUCCAGGAAGCUCGAGUGCUGAGAACGAAGUCAAUCACCGUUGUUCAGUUGACGAAUCUCUCCAGUCCAGCGCGGGAGAUUAACGUGGAAUUUGCUAAAAUCGCCAAUGCUCUGGUGGAGGAGGAAUUCUUUACGGAUAGCGUCAUUCGAGUCAAUUCGGACAAGAAUGUUCUCGAGCAGGACUUCAAUGAGGACGACUUCAAGCCAUCCAUUCCCUCUGAUUACUACGUCAUCGUCACGGAUAGCAAUGCAAGAGUGUCAAGAUACAUCAAGAAAAUACUCAGGAAGACGAUUACCUGGAACUCCAAGGGUAAAUUCCUGAUUCUCUUCAACAGCGCCAGAACUCUGGCCAUGGAUGAGAAUCUGACGAAAUUCGUGGAGGCGUUCUUUAGGGAGUUGUACGAUAAGUUCGAUAUCAGCAACGUGAUGUACGCUUACUCCACGGGAUUGAUGACUUACCAGUUCUUCAGGAGCAAACUCUUCCAAAGGAGCGACGAUGGGAAAUGUGCACUGGUCAUCGCCCAGGCGCUGGAUACUUGCAGCGAGGGAAAGAUUCCCACGCAGCAGCUCCUGCUGCAGCAAUCUCUGGAGACCACUGCAAUGACCCUCAAUGAUUGCCAUCUGAAGCUCUGCUGCACCGUGGCGCCGCCGUUUGUGGACGAAGGCUGCGCGACUGGAGUGGAGAUUACAAUGAUGCACAUCAUUCAAACUCGGAUGCAAUUCGACAUGGAAGUUGUUUGCACGAACAUGGCCCGCGGCGAGGUGGAAGACGGAACGGCAACAGACCUCCUGGCAGAACUGGUGGACAGGAAGUGUGAUAUGCUGGUGGGCGCCUUUUUUCCCGACAACGAUCUCGUGGACUUCGGUCAGUCGGUGCCCUACCUGGCCGACAGCUACACGUGGUACGUGCCUCUAGCGGAGCCUCGAGCCGCCUGGAAAGGCCUCAUCGUGAUCUUCCUGCCCACCACGUGGCUCCUGCUGAUCUUCUCACUCAUCUGCUCCGGCACAGUUUGGUUCGUCCUCGGCAGACAGUCUCCGCGCGAGGAUCAGCACCACAAACUGCCCAUUCUGUGUCUCCUCAACGCUUGGCAAGUCCUGCUGGGCAUCAGCGCCAACAACCGUCCCAGAUUCAUCCCGCUCCGCAUCAUCUUCCUCAGCCUCGCCCUCUACGCCCUCAAUAUCGGCACCAUCUACACCUCGAAGCUCAUCACGGUCUUCACGACGACCGUGUACGACGAGCAAAUCGAUUCGCCAGAGGAUAUCAUCGCCUCGGGGCUGCCCUACGGAGGCCGCCUGGAGUACAUGGACUGGUUCGAGAACGAUGAGCCCCUGGACAAGGCGAUCCUCCGGAAUUACAAUCAUUCCGCCAAUUUUCUGCCCACCAUCGCGAAUCUUAAGCGCGUGAAGGACGGAAAGCAGAUCCUCCUGGCCAAUCGCAUGUUCGUCCUCAGCAACAACUACGAGAACAUGAUUUACGGCUUCCCGAACAAAGUCUUUUCCAAUCCAAUGGAAAUUAUCACGUCCAAAGGCUUUCCCUUACUGCUCGAUAUCAACGACAUUAUCAGCACGCUUAAGGACGCCGGCGUCAUGUUCAAGCUGUACGGGGACUUCAUGAAUCUCCUCUUAAAUACAGGAAUAGAACGGACUGUCUUGAGUGUGAGACACCUCCAGGGCGCCUUCAUUGUCCUCAUGUACGGCUACGGCCUCAGCUUUGCUGUGUUCGCUGCCGAGCUCGCACGCCGCCGCUGGUUCUCGCACUAA